AUGUCUACUGCCAAGAGCCCGACGCUUGUCAGACUGCCUAAGCUCGUUUUAGGUGAUCCAUUCGAUCCACCGGACUUGGAUCUCCAACAGGGAACCGAGAAUAACACUACUCGGCCGCUCGUCCGGGCUAUCUACCGGAACUUGUGUACCAAGGGUUGUGCAUUGAUAGAAACCGGACACUAA